GGGUGAGUCGAAAUCUCUGCAGCUGAGUUGCUCUACAGUGCACAGCCACAGCAUGUCCACCCCAAGCAAAACUCUGCUGGGCUGCUGGAGGUGUCCCUUUGAUGGCUCCGAGACAAAGCAGCAGGCUGUGAUGAGCCACCGAGCUCCAGUGGACCACGUGUGAGUGAGCAGGAACCAGGCUGUCUUCAAUCCCUGCUCCAGCUCUGUCAGAUAAUGGGGGCCAGUACCCUGGCUCCUGGAAUUGGAUUCAAAAUUUGAGGGACAAGAAAGGACUUGGAAUAAGACGCCUGCUUGGAUUCCCACCAGGAUCCUGGAAGCUGUGAUUUUCUUUAAGUCCUCCACUCUUCCCUCUCCCCACCCCCCUGCUCCCCAAGCAUCUACUCCUCUUCUGUCUCUCUCGAUGUCUUCCCAGAUCCCACUAAUUCUCCUUUUAUGUCACCUCUUUCCUCCUUUCUUUCUUCUUGGCUACUCCUUUCUUGCCUUCUCCUCAAAUCUUCUUCCUAAUUCUGAUCCUUCCUUUGAUUUCCUCCUCUCAACGUCUCCCUAUCUCUGCCUUUCCCUCCCCUUGAGUCUCUCCCUCCUCCUUAUCUUCCCAGUCCCUCUUCUGCCUUCCUUUGGCCCCACCAGCUCCUCUCUCCCCCCACCCCCCUCCCUCUCUUUUCUCCUCCUCUUUCCCUUGCCUCUCCCCUAACUGUUUGCUUUUCUCCCGGACCCGGAUGAAGGAGUUGGCCUGCCCGUGCCCAGCCCUGCCCCACUUCUGGCAGCUGGGGUCCCAGCUCAACCUUAUGGCUGAGCACACUAGGACUCAGGCGCCAGGGCAAGGGCCUCACGUCAGCAUCCAAUACCUGCGAGCCCAGUAUGAAAGUCUGAGGAGGCAGCAGAGGACCCAGGCCCACCUCAUGGUGCUCCCAAAAGGAGGGAACCCAGCUGCUCCUGCUGAAUCCAUGGUCAGUGCUGUUUGGAUUAACAAGGAGAGAAGGAGCUCAGUGUCUCGGGAAGAGGCAGCUUUUGAUGAAGGGAGGAUGCUAGAUGAAGCUGACAGAAGCUGUCUUCAGGCUGCUGAGUCUCCAUGGCACACACACCUUGAGAUGCACCUCUCAGUCCAAGCUUUUCACCAGGAAAAUAUUCAAGUGAAGCCAACGGGCCAGCUUGUGGGGUCUGACCGAAUGCUCCCUCUAGAAGAAGACCAACACUUGUUGGAAAACUAUCAAAAGACUCAUCAAGGAGCCAGCAUCCCAGAGCCUCCGUGUCAGGUGGGCAGUACCAAAACAAAAGAAGAAUCCAGCCUUAAAACUAGCAUUCAGUGUCCAUCUGCCAUAAAGAACCCACACAGGCCCACCAAACCAGCUCACUAUCCAUUUCCGCAAAGGAAAGCUCCCAGGAUCUCUCAAGCUGCCCGGAAUCUUGGCUUAUAUGGUCCAGCUUGAAGCUAUCUUUUCAGCCACAUACCUCAGCCUGGAGCCUUCUAUGAACUCCCUGAACUGAAGCAACAACCUCAAUUUGUGCUUUGAGCUGUGAGCAAGAACUGGACUCACUCCUGUAAGAUUUAUGGGAGAGAAACUUCACAGAGGAAACAUAAUCUUGUCUUUCAAAGAACAACAGAUUCCUCAGGUCAGAUUGUUCACCAUUUAGGAUGAAACAGUGCUAUCAAAUCAAUGCAGCGGGGCUGGGGAUUUAGCUCAGUGGCAUAAAUGCCUGCCUUGCAAGCAGGUGGUCGUGAGUUCGAUCCCCGGUACCGAUAAUAAAAAAAAAAAAAAUCAAUGCAGCACCAUUCUGCUUGCAUAAGACAUUGCUGUGGACCCAGGAGUUUGCUAUGGAGUUCAUUCCUUGGGGAGAGGGAGUCCUAUAGGACACCAGCUUCAUUCCCAAAUGUGGAAAAAUUUGAAAAUGAAGCAGGAACAUUAGCCAAUGGAGUGCCUUAGCAAUGACCAGGGAUUAAUGGAUAUUAGCAAACUCAUAUUUACUAGUUUCUGAUUCUUCAGAUACCGAGCUCGAGAAUUCAGAAAAGCUUUUCUGGUUGCUAUGCUUGAUGGACAUCUCAUGUAAAAGUCACUACAUUCAGGCAGAAGUCACUGCAUUCACUCACUUCAUCUUGAGUCUUUCUUGAGUAAAGAGAGUCAGGCCAAUAUCAUCUAUUGCUUUGAGUGUUUAAGGAGUCUUUAGAAAAGGAUGGUCAUCUGACAGCUGCCACUGAGACUACACAUUCCAGCUCAUCACAGAUUUGUUUCCUUCCUUUCUCUUUGCUUCUUGCUAUAAAUGGAUGUCAUAUUAAAAAUUGUCCAUUAUUGGCUGGGUAUUUAGUUCAGCAGUAUAUAA